AUGGCGCACUGGAAUCUAGUGACGCUGGCCGCGUUGCUCCUUCUUAAUGCAGCUAUGUCCUCGCCUCUAGAUCGUGGGCCGCUGUUCAACGGGUCGUUGGUGGUGCGUUCGCUGGACGUGAAGGACUACGAGGCUAUGCUAGUCGAAUCGGACUCGGUCUGGAUUGUCGACUACUACUCGUCGUGGUGCGCUCACUGCAGGAUGUUCGCGCCCGAGUGGGAAAAGGUCGGUGAAUUUUACCACGAGUCCAAGGUCGUGCAGGUGGGAGCGGUGGAUUGCAACCAACACAAGGAUGUCUGCCAGCGCGAGGAGGUCCACGCGUACCCUUCUGUUAAGGCACAUCAUGUGCCACUGGGAUCGAAUGAGAAGACAAAGAUGCAGGUAAGAGGCCGUAAGAAGGUUGAACCAGUGGUGGAGUGGGUGGAAGGGUUGCUGGCUGAGCAUGGUAUCAAAUCUGGCAUGGAUAUCUCGACCAUCGUCGAGGUGAAGAAGCUGCGGCAUCAUGAUGCCGAAGAGGAUGGCCGAGUCACUCCACCAUCCACUGGAGUGAUGAAUGAUGAUACAUCAAUUCAUAUGAAGUAUAAGCGACUGCGUGAUGCUGGGAAGGCUGCGAUGCUUGCUCUCGAAAACAGCCUUUUCAUCGGAGCACCAGUCCUGGAAGGCGAGCGCUAUGAGGCUGCGUUGAAGUGGGUAAGCGCCCUUGCUGUUACUUUUCCAGUGGAAGGCAACCGUGUGGCUAUGACCAACUUAGUAGACUUGAUGAAGACACAACGAAGUUGGUCUCUAACAGAGUGGAAUAAGCUUAUCAAGAAGUGGAGACCCAUGGCAAAAGAAACGAGUUUUCCUAGCGAUCUGUUUGAUUCACGGGGAGAUGAAGAAUCCGAAUGGGCAGUGUGCAAGACUUACACAUGUGGUCUGUGGUCGCUGUUCCAUAGCAUGACUACGAGAGACACUAAGGCUGGCAAUGCAGUGGGAAACUGGAAACCUAGCGAUACAGUGGCAGCAAUUCGAGUGUAUAUGCAACAUUUCUUCGGCUGCGAGGAGUGCCGUCAACAUUUUAUGGAGGCAAACCCGGAGAGUUUAUUGGACGAACUGGCAGCCAGCGAUUCAAAUGGGCCCCACGCGGUGGUGACGUGGGCCUGGAAAAUGCAUAACUCAGUAAACACGAGGCUUCAUAGACACCAGUGGCCUUUGACGUCGUCUUGCCCGAGCUGUUACAUUGACAUUGGUGCACCUGUAUCGAUCGGCAUGUCGCUCAUUCACGAAGAUGGAAUGGUGGCCUACAUCACGAGCGUCUAUGACCACGAAGACAAGGCCCUUUUUGACGAGAUAAUUAUGGUAUCUACAUAUCCGUUUCCAGCGCAAGGGUUUAGUGCGAUAACGGGAGUGACGCUGCUGUUCGCACUCGUGGCAGUUGUGGUGAAGACGCAGAGGUAUCGCUUUGUCACGCCGAAAGAAAGUGGGCACAUGGCUUAA